AUGCAUUACGACCUUUUCCAGAUACGACAAGACUGUCCCCGUGGGAGCAUAUUCUACUCCUGCGGGCCACCUUCGUUCUUCAGAGGUUGUUGUUCUGAAGAUGCCUGCACUAAUGGUGGCUGCUCGACCGACGCAGCCAUCAACAUCCCGGCAGAUUUGAUCAGCUCCGAGGAUGCGACAUCGACGACAACAACAGCCCCCAAGAUGGCAUCCGGCGUAGGGGCGCCAGUCACCUCUCAAGUCCCAACCCCGGCUUCCCCGUCUACCCCAUACCCUACUGUCGAUACCAUCGGCACUGACCUGUCUAACACCGGAGUGGUUCCUCCUGCGGCGACUGCCGCUUCACCGUUUGCUACGAGCAGCACAAAUCCUCACGAUGAGGAGACCACCGGAAUUUUGCCACAGACCGCGAUCGCAGGAAUCAGCGUUGGUGCAACGAUAGGCUUGGUGGGAGUCAUUCUAAUCAUCUUCCUGCUCGUCCGCCGCCGCAAGCAGUCGAGGCGCGUGCCGUCGUCACACGAUAGUUUGAGAGAUGCGUACGGCACAAAGAUGGAGCACAACAACCACUCAGUAACACGGCCUUCCGAAGGGCAUGACAACGAGGACGUGUUUGCGGCUUUCGGAGGUCGCGUGAACUCUUCCGAAUCGUCGCAGCAAAUCAAGUCGCCGGCUCCCUCCGUGUUGCCGUCUGCCAGAAGUCAGCCAGAUGGGAGCUAUCCUCGCUCGCCGGCCCACAGCUAUAUCGUCAGUCCUGUUUCACCUCAAAGCACAGGUGCGGUCUCACACCAGGCCUCGGUCAAAGGCAGAGACGGGACGGAGAAAAAGAAAGCCAGUGCGCCGGCGGCCUUCGAUUCCAAUCAGUUCUUCUUUGAACUAGAUUCUGCCGAUACUGAGCGACCGGCUGUAGCGGAGCUACCUAUGGACAGCACCGCAGUGGUCGCUCCGCGUCCCAAGUCUGAGGCGAACCAGACGGCUUCGGCGCAUGGAGCACAUCUUAUGCCGGGAUCAUGCGUCGAUACUGUAGUCGCGGAGGCGAGGAACCGAAUGCCUGGGUCAUUCCCCGAUACUGUAGUCCAAGACGCAAAGAAGCAAAGCUUGACUAGAGUUCGGGUUGGCGAGGCUUCGGUCGUGUCCGUUGGCAAUCAUGCGCAGCAGGCCAGGCCGGGCUCGUACGAUGGCGCAUACGAACGAGCACCUCGCCUGAGGGCCACGAUGAACGCCACAGACGAUGACGUCCAGAGGAAUCGUCACGUUAACAGCUGGACGCAUCUUUGA